GCCUCCCAUCGGCCUGGGACCGCGGUGCCCUCAGCCAUCAUGGCCGCCAUCCGGGAAACGGGAGGAGUGGCUGCCCGGACCCAACAUGGCGCCGGAGGCUUCGCGAGAGAACCGCCGAGGGCAGGGUGGUUGUUGCCCGGAGCGGUCGCCACUGUCGCGUCACCGCCGAGUCCUGGGCCAGCCCCAGAGGCCGCCCCGCGGGGCGUGGGGAGGGAGCCGGGCCGCGAUUCCCCUCCUGCGCCUCCCCGGGCCCCCUCCCUGGUCUCCAGAGGCCGGUGGUGCUGGGCUCCCUGGCCGGGGUUAAAGUUGAAAGGAGGGGAGACCAGGAGGGUGCACAGGAUGAGCAGCCUCAGCGACCGGUUCCCUUUGCACGACUUGGUCUGGAAGAACGACUACCGGCAGCUGGAAAAGGCCCUGGAGAACCAGCAGGAUGUGGACCAGACGGACCCCCGUGGCCGGACCUCGCUGCACCUGGCCGUGUCGUUGGGGUACAUCGAGUCUGCCAGAGUCCUGCUGAGCCACAAGGCAGACGUCACCAAAGAAAACGCGCAGGGGUGGACGGUCCUGCAUGAGGCUGUGAGCACCGGAGAUCCAGAGAUGGUCCACAUGAUCCUGCAGCACCGGAAUUACCAGCAAACGUCUGCCACCCUUGGGGGCGUGCCAGAGUUGCUUCAGAAAAUCAAGGAGACUCCGGAUUUUUACGUGGAAAUGAAAUGGGAAUUCACCACCUGGGUCCCGCUGCUUUCCCGGCUUUGCCCCAGCGACGUCUGCCGCAUCUGGAAGAGCGGCACAAAGCUACGAGUGGAUAUCACGUUGCUGGAAUUUAAAAACAUGAGCUGGGGACGUGGAAAGCGCAGCUUGAUCUUCAGGGGGGAAGAAACCGGGCACUGGGCAGAGCUGAUCGAAGUGAACCACGACGAGAAGGUGGUGGCCACGGAGCACUUUGAGAUCAGCCGGCAGAUCAAGUGCCUGACCCUGGACGCCAUGAGCCCCGAGAGCAAGGAGGUGGAGAGGCGCCUCACCUCCCCCAUCCUCAGCACCUCUUUGGAUACGAAGAACAUCGCCUUCGAGAGAAAUAUGUCUGGUUUCUUGGUCUGGAGAACGGAGAGGAGCGAAGUGGUGAAUGACUACGAAGCAAAGGUCUACACGGCAAACAACGUGAACAUGGUGACCAAGGUCCGAACCGAACACUUGACGGAAGAGGAGAAGAGGAGAUACAGAGAGGACCGGCACCCGCUCGAGUUCUUCCUGGGAACCAUACAGCACGAGUACGGAGCCCAGCAGGACCUCACGACGGAAUAUGCCACGGCCAACAACCCCACGGCCAUCACUCCGGAGGAAUACUUCAACCCCGCGUUUGACCUGAAAGACCGGGACGUGGGGAGGCCCAAAGAAGUGGCCGUCCAGACGCGGAAGUUUAAAGCAAACUUGUGGAUGUCCGAGGAGUUCCCCCUCUCCCUCGUGGAGCAGGUCUCCCCCAUCAUCGACCUGAUGGCCAGGACCAGCGCCCAUUUUGCUCGCCUCAAGGACUUCAUCACCUUGGACUUCCCACCCGGAUUCCCCGUCAAAAUCGAGAUCCCCUUAUUCCAUAUCGUGAACGCUCAGAUCACCUUUGGAAACGUGAACGCCUGCAGCACUGCAGAAGAGGCGGCGCCCCAGGCGCUCCGAGGGAGCCAGCAGCGGCAGCCGUCGGCCUCUGCCUUUGUUGUUGACCAGUCCGUCUUUGAGGUCCCCAAAUCCUACCACGCUCAAGACGACGGCAGGAACAUCCGGGUGCAGGACGAAGACAACGAGAUCCUGCAGUUCGCCAUCCAGCAGAGCCUGAUGGAAUCCCGCUGCAGCAGAGAGGCCUUGGGCACAGAUUCCAACGGGGCAGCUUCUUAUUCGCAGGACCUCGACCUCCAGUAUCAAAGGGCCUUGCAGGAGAGCUUCCGGGCCAGCUCGAGCCCCGCGGCGGCUCCCCCGAGAGAGAGCGCCAGCCUCGACCGGGACUUGCAGCUGGCCCUGGCGCUCUCCGUCCAGGACCAGAAGGAGCUGGAGCAGCAGCGGCAGGCGGCGGCGGCGGAGGCGGCGGAGCUGGAGGAGGCUCUGCAGCGCUCCCUCCUGGAGAAGUAGAGGGUUGCUGCCGCUGCCGCCGCCGCUGCCAUGACACCCCAGCCCAGCCCGUGAAAGGAGGAGGAGAGGGACCUGCUCGCCUGGGCCUGCCUCGCCUCAGCAGCUGCUGCCCGCGGCUUCCAUCAGCCCGUGAACGUGGUGCCAUCCAGAUCUGCCCUCCUCCUCUUGCAUGCUGCCACCUCUGGGCUGGAAGGGAAACUUCCUCCGCGAACUGCCUCCACCUGGCCGGCCCAGAUGCCUCUCCGAGAGGCCGGCCGGCAUCCUUGCCUGCCGCGGGAAUUGCAGGGAGGGGAGCCACUCGAGCUGGGCGUGACUUGCCUCGUGGCCUACCCAGGACCCAUCUCAGCCAGCAGGCCCUUUUCGAAAAACAAACCAACCCUAACUGUGGAGGGAGAGGGAGAGCCGUCUGCCUAGGACCCCCUUUUCCUUCCACCCCUUAACCCUAAUCCCAGUGGUUUGCCUCUCUGUAGCAGUUGCUGGCCAGCCCCUUCUCACACUCCAACAGGGAAAGUCUCUGACCUGAACGGGGUGCUUUGGAAGGUUGCUGCUGCUUUUUUUUUGUUUUUGUUUUGUUUUUGUUUUUUUAAACAUUUGUGGGGAACCACUCUGAAUGCCCACAGGAAAGGGAACCAAGGGCCUGCUGAAAGUGGGUUUCUGUCAACCAAAAGGGAAAUCCAUGUUGCCUUCCUAGACUGCAGAGCGUCUCUGUGUCUGUUUUAAGAUUUGUACAACUGCCCAUGAGGACUAGCAUCUUGAGCAAUACAGGAAUAUAUAUGUUUGUGUGUGUGUAAAAAUAUAAUCUCUUUGUCAUCCCUCCUGUGGGCAAUGGAUUAGAGCAGGAGUGCCAGCACCUCCCCCCAAGACAGUCAGCAAAUCUACCCGGUUCUUCCUCCUCCCUUUCCUUCCCCCUCGCCCGUUGUUUCAGGAAACCUGUCCGGCGGGGGUGCGGAUGGCCAGGGACACACAGGCAGGGCCUGUGAAGGCAGCAGUGGGCAGGCUUCCAGCCACGGCUGCUGCUUGCCCGUGUCCCUUUUAACUUUCUUUGAGGCACCCUCCGACUGAGGGAGGCCAGCACUUCAGGAGUGGGCGCUCUCAGCUCUCUCAGCAGGAGCAGUUCCUCCUCCUCCGCAUCGCUCGUGGCGGGAGCCCUCCCUCUUGCUGCUCGGGCCGGGCACAGGAGCAGCCUCUGCUCACCAUCCGUGUGCAAGAGACAUGCCAAUCACUCAGCAAAGCAGCCUGCCGCUGCCGCCUGGUUCUAACUUUUCCUCCUCUGCCGCCGGCUGCCCAGGGAAGGGCAGGGUCAGGGCUCUGGGCGUUGAGUGGCGCUCUCCAGGCACUUCCGGGGAAUGUGUAACUUAAGCUUAGAUUUCACUCCGAAAUAAAGAGCAAUGCUCCUUUUGAAGAGCACUGUCGCUGCUCAGA